AUGUGCGGCCCUGAAAAUACAAACCGUCCCCGAGGAGGUGCUCUCGUCUCCCUCAACUCUCAUUCUUCCAAACUCUCUGGUGAUCUCGCCUUUCACACUCCCGGAAGUCCAUCAAGUUCAAGCGCGACACAUGCAAGACUCACCCCGAACGAGGAAUGCAGUAUAAACAAUUUCUCUAAUCUACACAUCAUUAUACAUUCUAGUGGUGAUUUGACAAGAAACGCAAGCGAAUGUGGUCUAUUUCGUCAAUUCUCUCUCCAAUCGCCAACGGCAUCCAACCACUUUGUCGAAUCGCAACUCGAGGGGCCACUAUCACUUGAAGUUGGGGGCGAUGGAAUUAUUGGACGUCGUGUUUCUGUCUAUUCACGUCUUGCAACAGGCCAGAAUAAAAUCGUGGCAGAAGGCAUCGUUGGCUUCAACUUCAUGAGUCAGGGAUCAUCAGAAGAAUCGUCUUGUCCAUCCUCUCCUUCACCAUCGCUCUAA